GGAGAGAUCAUCAUGGACAUGCGAGCCUUUGCCGCCCUUCAGAACCACACCUCUCCCGAGACACCUACAUCCUCCCUCAUCGCGAUCCCAUUCCACGAACCACGCCACGCAAACCACAUAUCUUACCUCGAGACAAGUAUCGGCCCCGCCACCCUCGUCCUCGUCCGCCAACUACGCCUCCGCCAGAGCCCCGAAUCGACCGCACAUAAACACGCCCGCCGUGGCAAGCUCGACUCCGAGAUCCUCGAAGAGCUCGAGCUACAAGAAACCUGGCGCGGCGCCGCCGACCUCAUCGAGAACGCCGUAGAGCUCGCGACGGGGGAGGAGCUCGACGAUGAUGGCUGCGACGUGCUCUACGGGCGCGCCGGGCUGGUGUACGCGCUGCUGUUGCUUCGUUCCGAGCUGCUUGUCACGGUGAGCUACCUCGCUCACGCCGGCAAGCCUGGGGACAAGGUUGUGCGCGCAGUCGAAGCGCUGUGCUCAGACGAGAAUAUCCAGGCGCUCGUCGAUGACAUCAUCAAGCGCGGCGAGCUCGGCGCCGUGCGCUAUGCCCAGGAGCUGGAGGCGGACGAACGAGGCAAGGCACCGCCGCUCAUGUGGAAGUGGCAUGGCUCGUGGUAUCUGGGCGCCGCACACGGCGUAGCGGGUAUCCUGCACGUCAUUCUGCAUGCGCCGUCGAAUGCUCUUGAACCUCACUGGCCUAAGAUCCUCUCUACCAUCGAAUGGCUGCUUGCCAUCCAAGAUCCUUUGGGUAACUGGCCUUCGAAGGCAAGCCUACACAUGACCUACAUCUGCGGCGGCGCUGCUGCACAACCUGACUCGAAGAGACUCGGGGUAGACGAAGAGCACGAUGACGCGCUCGUGCAGUGGUGCCACGGCGCGCCCGGCUUCUUGAUGCUUUUCUCCGUGUUCCUCAGGCGCGCAACCUUCUCGCCCGAAGCAUGUCCUCUCCCAGAUACCCUCCGCACGUCAAUCGUCGCAGCCAUGACGCGCGCCGGCGACCUCGUAUACUCGCGCGGUCUCCUCCGCAAGGGCGUCGGCCUCUGCCACGGCGUCGCUGGGAGCGUCUAUGCCCUCCUCGCCGUCUCCGACGCGCUCGACACGCCCACCUACCCCCACAACUCGCAAGAACUCCAACACGACGCGCAACACCACCACUGGCUCCUGCGUGCCGCGCAUCUCGCGGACCUGGCGACGGGGUACCAGAGCCUGACGCAGAAGGGCCAGAUGUUGGUGCCCGAGCGUCCGUACAGCCUGUACGAGGGCAUCGCGGGCAUGUGCUGCGCGUGGUCCGAGGUGCUCAUGCGGCUGCCGAACGGGGGCGCGAGCGGGAAUGGGCGGCCGGAAUCGGAGAGGUGGAGGGGCGGGAUGCCGGGGUUCAACGAUAUCGAGCUGCUCGCAUAAGUGGUCAAGUUUGGGUGAUUAGAGUGUACGAGUAUUUCCUUAUUCCGUCAUUAUGUUGUUUGGCCAAUGCUGAUCGUGUAUAGUAGUAUGCUGUGUAGUUCUGUACAAUAGACUGUAGCGUUAACCCC